UCGCCAUAGUUCGCUGGAGUUGAUGCUAAACCUCGGCAAAGGUGUUGGCGGUCUGCAAAGUGUUGAUGAAUUCGGCACUCAGAACGCAUCUUCUCUUAACUAGUGGUCGCAAGACGACGACAAAAGCGGUGAUUGAGUCGUCUAAAAAUAGUUCGGCUCAAAUUGUGAAGCUAAGUAGAGUUAAGCGUACCUAAUUGAGUGGCUAAACCGUACGUAUGAUAGUUUGAGAAGUUUAGUUCGUUCGAAGUAAUUCCAACAUUAGGAAGAGUUUGUCCGUAGUCUGAGACCUCUGCGGUUGUGCGCUUGAACGUAACGGUUAUAAUAGUUUUUUUCAAAAAUGACCGUGGAAAGUCUGCCGGGAGAACUGCUGCAUGCCAAGCUAUGGUUCAGUACAGCUGACUAUGUCAUAUUCUUUACGAUGAUGGCAAUGUCGGCCCUCAUCGGUAUAUACUAUGGAUUUUUUGCCAAGCAGAAGCAGGACAACACGGCGGAGUACCUUCUGGGAAGCAAACAGAUGAAGGUUUUCCCCGUGGCGAUGUCACUUACUGCAACACACAUAUCGGCCAUAACGAUGCUGGGGGUACCGGCCGAGAUGUACCGCUACGGUAUACAGUACUGGGUCUGCUCAAUCUCCGGACUGGUUGUAACCAUUUUCAUUGUGUACAUCUUCCUGCCGGUGUUCUACGAGCUGCAAACGUCCUCCUGCUACGCUUAUCUCGAGCAGCGCUUCAGCAAACGCGUCCGCUCGCUGGCCAGCUUUCUCUUUAUGUUCUACUGUCUGCUGAACGUCCCGGUGAUAAUCUACACCCCAGCGAUAGCGUUUAGCCAAGUAAGUGGUAUCAAUGUACACAUCAUCACACCCGUCAUAUGCUGUAUUUGCAUUUUUUACACCACUGUUGGUGGGAUAAGGGCAGUAAUAUGGACUGAUACACUGCAAUUUGGAGCCAUGUUACUGGCACUGGCUGUCGUAAUGAUACUAGGAACAUUGCAGCUGGGCGGUAUCGUAAAUAUUUACAAAAUUGCGGAUGCGGGUGGAAGACUCAUCUGGUUCAAUAUGGAUCCAGAUCCUACCCUUCGAUCUUCUUUCUGGCUGGUAUCUAUCGGAUUAACCUCCAUGUGGAUUUCUAACAUCGGUGUAACACCAGAGUGUGUUCAGCGUUUCCUAACCGUGCCGGAUUUGUCAAGUGCUAAGAAAGCCGUUUGGAUCUUCGGAGUGGGCCACAUCGUGGUGAAGCUGUGCUCCGUCUACAAUGGGUUACUGGUUUUCAGCAAAUAUCACGACUGUGACCCGGUUUACUCGGGGCUGGUGAAGAAAAACGAUCAAAUCUUCCCGUACUAUGUGCUGGAUGUAGCCCAGAAUAUCCCCGGUUUGCCCGGACUAUUCGUAGUGGGUAUUUUCUCCGCCGCUCUGUCGACCAUGUCGACCACAUUGAACACGUUGUCGGGGACAAUCUACGACGACUUCGUGAAGACUCAAUUCAGUUUUAAGGAAAAAACUGCCAGCAAUAUUAUUAAAUUGAUGGUGGUGCUGAUCGGAGUACUUUGUCUGGUGCUUGUAUUCGUCGUUGAAAAACUGGGCAGUGUGUUCAGUUUGGCGAUUUCGGUAUCCGGAGUAACUUCCGGAACGUUGCUGGGAAUUUUCUCCUUGGGGAUGUUUUCGCCGAAAAUUAACGACAAGGGAGCAUUUUGGGGUUCCCUAAUUUCACUCGGCACAUUAUGCGUGAUAGCCGCAGGGGCACAAUUGGAAAUAUUAAAUGGACAUUUGAAAUAUCCCAGUCUUCCCCUACGAUACGAUGGUUGUCCGAGCUUCAAUUCAACAGGAACGGCAACCACCUCUUACUACAUCGAUUCCUAUGGACACGAUAAUUCGGAGGUUCCCUGGAUUUUCCGAUUGGGAUUCAUGUAUUAUUCGAUCCUUGGCACACUCAUAGCAGUGUUCUCUGGAACAAUUAUCAGCUACAUGACAGGAGGACAAAAGGAACCCAUCUCCGAGAAACUUCUCACACCCUGGGUUCGACCUCUGUAUAAGCCGGUACGCAGCGUGGACGAUUAUGAACACGUAUUAAAGAAAUCCCAAAUAUCGGACGCCAAGGAAGUGGAAAUGACAUAUAAAUAAGUGUAAAUUUUGUGUUUGUAUAAAGUAAAUAUUUCUAUUCGAUAUUCUUAAGUGAAAAUAUAAGACUCUAAUAGGUAAUACUCAAUUUAAACAA